UAACAAUGGUUACGCCAUCGUUGAGAUUAGUAUUCGUCAAGGGUCCAAGAGAAGGCGAUGCUCUAGAUUACAAGCCUGGAUCUACGAUUCGUGUUGGUCGAAUCGUUCGUGGUAAUGAAAUCGCAAUUAAAGACGCUGGAAUCUCCACUAAGCAUCUUCGGAUCGAAUCGGAUUCUGGGAAUUGGGUAAUACAAGAUCUUGGAUCUUCCAACGGUACUUUAUUGAAUUCGAAUGCUCUUGAUCCAGAGACGUCGGUAAAUCUCGGAGAUGGCGAUGUUAUCAAACUAGGUGAGUAUACAUCUAUUUUGGUGAAUUUUGUGAUUGAUGAUUUUCAGGAGAAGAAGCUUACGAGGAACAAUAGGCGUCAGGCUAAUGCGAGGAAGCGAAUUAGGGUUUUAGAAAGUAUCAAUUUGGGGGAUAUCACUGAGGAAGAAAAGGGUUUGGAUGUGAAAUUUGAGAACAAGCCGAGUUCUAGGGUUAGGAAAGUUAGGAAAAUCGAGGAUUCGGAGAAAUUAGGGAUUACUGAUGGAUUACAAGAGGAUCUGGUGGAGAAAAAUGGAAGCUUUAGGAAUGUUGAAAGUAUUCAGAGUUCAUCUGUAAACUUAAUUAAGGUUGAAAUGGAGGAUUGUGCAAUGGUGGAGGAAAAUUUAGGGAGGGGAUUGAAGAAGAGAGUGAGCAGUAAGGCUACGAGGAGCAAGAAGAUUGAAGAAAGUGUAGGAAAAGCUUGUUUGGGAGUGGUUAAUGUAGAGAAGGUAGAGACUUUAAAGGAGAAGAGGAUUACUAGGGCUACAAGAAGCAAGAAGAUUGAUAUUGUUGGAGAUUCUUAUUUGGAAUUGGACAUGGUUCUAAAUCGAGCCAGAAAGAACAAAGGGAAGAACAAGAAAGCGGAUCAGAAGCCGUUGAAGAGCUUUGAAAAUGAUGAGGUUACUGAUUCAGGAGAGCAGGGUUUAAGCUGUCAUGUUGAAGAAGAUAUGAACAAUGAACUUGAUACAGAUCUAAGAAAGAUGACAUUAGGAGCAUUGUUCAGUUUUCUGGAGGGUCAUCUGUCAAAAGAGAUAAUUCACAAGACAGAAAAUAUGAUUGAGCCCAUGCGAAGUAAAACUCAGAGAGUUCGUGAGUAUAUUUCAGAUCAAAGAAAAGUUCAGGCUAAAGCGUGUAUGUGUUGAAUUGACAAAGUGUCCAACUGAUAUGGUGCACACUGAUUAUUGGUAUAGCUUCAGUUCAUGGAAUAAGAAACACAUACUGACAGGUACAAGUUUCUUAUGAAGUAGACCUUAAUGCUGUGGGAUUGGCUGUGUUGCUUAGAGUUUUGACUGCAUUGAUUUACUUGCAUUUGCUUUACGUGUGAGACAAAGUAAACAGUGAAGUGCUGAUGUUUAAGUAGGUUUCAUAAGUCUUUUGCCCACUUUAUAGUAUAUGUUUCAAGGACAUCCCUGAAGACUUAUAAAACAAGUUCUGUUCCAUUGUGAUUUUAUCUUAGCAUAUUGAUGUUUGAAUACUUGAUCAUUCAUUUUACCAAAUGUCAAGAAGGCUGACGUCUUUUCUCUAGUCUUUGUUUCCUUCUCAUGUGGUCAAAGGCAAAUGCAAGUUCUUCAGAAAUGCCAUGAAAAAAAAGUUGUAAAACGAGUCUAGAUAUCUAAAUCUAGAACUUUAAAUUUCUGUGAAAUGAUGAAAAUAAAUUUUCAUAGCUCCAUUUAAUUUUUGUACCUUUACCGGUUUGAAGUUGAAAUGAUAGUGUUUGCCCUUUGGGUCCCUGGAAAGACCAAAGGUAAAAUCU